AUGGCCCAUGUGCGUUUGAAACCCAUCGCAGGUGAUGGAUGCUUCGAGCCAGCCUUCGCUUCCCAUCUUUUGGGAUCUCUAGGACGAGGGGCGAGCAGUUGCAAGGAACUGCAAGAAGCCGCUGCAAGCGUGGUGAUUGAAUCAGGGAAGCACCCCCAGAACAUCGAACGCGACCUCAUGAGGGCACUGGAGUUACCCUUAGAUUCUCAGGACUUUCUUGCACUGUUAGAAUCUUUUCAGGGUUGUUUCAGAAUCCUACAGCUCAACGUGCUCCACGACACUCAGAAAGUUGUUAUCCCAAAGUCUUCCAUCAAGGAGUACUGGGCUCACUGGAAGAAAUUUUGUACGCAUCAUGAGGCAGCAGAUGAUGGGAACCACAGUCCAAUUGGGCUUUUUGGGGACGACGCGCGGUGGUCCUUAGCAGGGUCAAAGAUUAUUUGCGUGCUUCUCAACCAAAUCUUGGACCCCAAAACCAGACUGCCUAGCACUCGCUUCCUGCUCUUUUGCCUCCGGGUUGAGCUGAGUCUUGGCACAUCAACGAUCGAUCCACUUUUUCGUGCUCAGCAUGGUGACAUGGGCGAGCUGCAGGAUACCUUGGAGAUGCGUGGCUAUCCCUCGCCCCCACCGAAGGCCUCCGAUACCUUGAGCCCGAAAACGGUCCGAACGGCGAGCGACUUGAGCGAGCACAGCCCCAAGGUGGCGUUGAGCGAACGCUCCGAGGAAGCGCUGCUUUGCAGCGCGCGGCAGCCGCAGGUGGACCCCAAGCGACAAAGCAUGCGAUCCAUGCGGCUCGGCGAGCCUAGGAGGAGCUCCAUUCGCCGGAGGUCCUUCUCGGACAAUCCGAAUGCCACACUGUCUCGACACUGGCCUUUGCAGGCGGAAACCACCGCGGCCGGGCGGAUGCACAGCUUCAAGGGCAUUAGGCCACGCUAUUUGGAUCAUCUCAGCCUCCCAGGUGUCGAGCGUGGCCUCAGUCUCCGCAAGCACAGCCGUGGGCCUCGUGAGCGCCGGGCGCGCUAG